AUGACUGAUAUCCUAGAGCGUUUGGCUGAUAGACAGGACCCUGGACCGUUUAACCAACCUGGGGGUCAGGAAAGAGGAAUGGAUAGAGCCUUAGAGAGAUUUUUGAAAUUUAACCCGCCUAAGUUUCUUGGCGAACCUGAUCCUGAGGUGGCGGAGAAAUGGUUGGAAAGGAUGACCAAUAUAUUCGCUGCUUUAGACUACACUGAGGAUAGGCGAGCACAAAGGGUUGAAAGUGCAAGGUCUCAAGUGAGAGACUUCCAUAGCAGAAAGAGAAAUUUUUCUAGCCAUGCUUCUGGACAAGCUAGUAAAAGUACGCAGCCUUCCAAAAUGGGAAAAGGAAUGGGAGGACCAAGGACUGCUGGGCCUUCGAGAGGAGCUUUAUCUAGAGGAGGUCGUAGUGGACCGACACAAGCAAGAAGGGCACCUUCUAGCGGUUCAGCGGUGACCCCUCAAGUUUCAUGUGGUUACUGCGGAAAAUCAAAUCAUUCUGAAAGUGAUUGUUGGAGAAAGUCUGGGAAGUGCCUGGCUUGUGGUAGUACCGAGCAUCAGCUUGCGAACUGUCCAAAUAAAAUAAAGACGGGAGGUGAUACCCAAAGGCCAGAAAAGUCAGCUUCUAAGCAAACUAGUGCCGGAGGGAGUCGACCGAAAGUACCGGCUAGGGUUUAUGCACUGGACUAUCAACAAGUUCCUGAAGCAACUGAGGUGGUAGAAGGUUGUGAAAUCUGGAUUGGGGAACGAAAAUUAUCGGCUGAUUUGAUGGGAUUGAUGAUUAAGGGAUACGAUGUAAUUUUAGGAAUAGAUUGGUUAGCCCGUUAUAAUGCUCAGCUAAACUGUAGGACUAAGGUUGUGGAGUUGCGUAUUCCAGGAGAAGCAACCCUGAAACUGGAUGUAAAAGGAAAAUUAGCCUCUGAUAAGGUGAAAUUGGAGGACAUGCCGGUAGUGAAAGAUUUUCCUGAUGUUUUUCCUGAAGAAUUGGAGUCCCUACCCUCGAAACGGGAAAUAGCCUUUAAGAUUGAUGUAACCCCGGGAGUAAACCCUAUUUCUAGGACGCCAUGUCGAAUGGCUCCGGCCGAAUUGAAGGAGUUGAAAUUGCAACUGCAAGAUUUGCUAGAAAGAG